GUGGUUUUUGCCUAAAUUUUAUUUUUCUCAUUGGCGCCUUUUUUUCAACCAAUGAAAAAAAUAAAAUUUAGGCAAAAACCACGUAGAUUAUGUCGACGCCAGAAAAGAAGUCAAAGUAUAAUUAUAAGGAACCAGCUGUCGGAUUCACCGAAAAAUUUAGCGCAUAGCGCCCAAUUUUUCCCUAAUUUGGUGCUGCGCGGCAAAAGUACCUAAUUUUCUAAUGUUUCUGCUCCGUUUGUUUUGUUUUAGAUUAAAGAAAAAUAAAUGCGUUAUAUAUGCACUAUUUUGUAUGUUAUCUGUUACCAUGACAAGGCUAAUGUCUCGUCAACAUCUUCACAGAUAUCUGUGUCUUGUCCAUUUAUAUUUGAUAUUGCUAGAUUAUAAAAUGAUGAAUUAGUGUAUAAAGAAGAAAACAUCUCCGAUGAAGCUCGUUUGUAUUUCGAUAAUAAUCGUAAUAAAUUACAGAAUAUUGCAAAUGGUGUUGUUCGAUUUUGUUUACCAUCAGGUUCAUGUUCUGGUUUUUACAUGAGUAAAAAUUUAAUUGGUACCAAUGAACAUAACAUUAGUCAAAUUAAACUCUCGUCAUCAUUUACCGACACAAAUGAUAUUUAUGCUACAUCGCCUUUAUUAAAGCAGUGUACGCCUGUUACGAAUAAUGACUUCGAUUUUGCUUAUGCAAGAAAUAAUAUAAUGUCUCUCAAUAUUGUCGAAACAACAUUAUUUGACCCAAAUAAAUAUUUUGACAUACGUGAACGUCAUAUUGAAAAAGAUCCAAUAUUAGGAAUUACCGGUGAUUUCGAUAUGAUAGAUUUUGUGGUUGUGAAAGAGACAGAAAAAGUUCGAAAUGAUUCAAUAAUAUUCAUACCAUCAAUCGAACACGUUCGAAUUGAUGAUCCUAUUAUCACUGUUUCAUACCCCGGCAAUGAAUUUUCGACUCAAGAAUCAAGUGGACGUCACCACUAUGACUUAUUUUUACCCCCAUUUGAAGAACUGAAAAAAAUAUUUCAUGGUUUCGGUGGACGUUGUGUAUCUUAUGGACAUGUUAUUGCUCCAUAUAAAUUAAAUAAAAGUUCAGAUGAAUGGAUCGAAGAUCUAGAAUAUCGAAACACUAGUUUUUCGAAUUAUCAAUGCGUCUUAAGUAAUGAAAAUCGCUAUCACGGAUCCAGUGGUGGGGUUACAUUAAGAUCCAAUUUUAAUAUAUAUGAAAAUAUACCAGCUGCAAAUGGUGAACAAUUAACUUUAGUUGAAUUUGUAUCCAUACAUUUCGGUGGCGAAUUUAUACCUUGUCGAGCAGUGGCGUAG